AUGGAAGAUCACGUUGAUUUCGAUAUCAAUGAAUCUCUCAAACUCUACCUCAGUGAUGCGACCGCAAUACCAACUCCAGAAGCACAUCCGGACCUAGCCGACUAUGAGCAUGACCCAGACAGUUUAACCCCAUCUCUAGUCGACACUGUACUCGAUCCUGUCCUGGAUGCGGUUGCAGAAAACUCAGAAGGCAUUCUACGGAGUAUCUCAUUCGACACCAUACAAUUCCUGCUAAAGCAAUCGUCCUUCCUGUCAGCCCAGUCGCUGAGCAAGAUCCUCCACCUCAUCGUUUCAGGCUUAUCGGCGGCAGCAGAUGUUGCGCACCAUGACAUCGAAAAUGACGAACAAGACACCUUAUCAAACCACAAGACUCUACUUGAAGCCUAUGCUUUCCUUCUCCAAUGGACCAUUGCUGCCGUGGAGAACAAAGCUCUGGAAAAAUCAAAUGCCGCCCCAGCUAGAAGAGGUGGCAAAGGCUCCAAAAAGUCGGUCGCCAAAGACGAUGCCUGGGACUCGCCCGCUCAGAUACAAAGCGCUAUGGACGUCAUGUGUCGAGCCAUGAAGCUCAAGCUCAAUCGUAUCUUUCAGACCACUUCCGACCGUGACACAUUUGUCAAUCUAUUUACAAGGUCGAUAUACUUGAUCAUGGAAAGUGAAGCCAGGGUCAAAAUCACUGCCGUCAGAAUGUUUUGCUUCAAGGUCUUGUGCGUGGCCGUUAAACAUCAUGGUCAUGCCCUUGGUGCACAAACCUCCAUCGUUCAGAAUUUGACCUACUUUGAACAUCUCUCAGAACCAAUGGCUGAGUUCCUCCAUAUCUUGUCGGAGCAAUAUGAUCAUCAUCAGUUGUCUUCCGAGAUCCUGCGUGAGCUUGCUGCUAAAGAGUUCAGCCAAAGUGACACCAGAGGGCCCAAGUCGGUCUCUGCUUUCAUCGUCAAAUUUUCCGAACUCGAGCCCAGACUGGUGAUCAAAGAAAUGGGACUCCUUGCCAAAUUUCUUGACAGCGAGGCACACACUUUGCGAUGUGCUGUCAUUGAGGUUUGCGGGAACUUGCUUGCAGACUUGUCAAAACAGGAAGAGAAAAGUGAGACCACCAAAAUCCAGAUCAACGCCUUUUUCGACACACUCGAACAGAGGUUUCUGGAUACCGCUCCCUUUUGCCGUGUGCGGACCAUGCAAGUCUUCAUGAAAGUUUGCGAGCUCGAGCAAAAGUUUCCUAAGAGGAGACAGCAUGCUGCAGAGCUCGCAAUGCAGAGCUUAACAGACAAAAGUAGUAACGUGCGGCGAAAUGCCAUCAAACUCUUGAAGAAAUUGGUAUCUUCUCACCCUUUCAGCUUAAUGCAUGGAGGCCAACUGUCGUACAAAGAGUGGACUCAAAGACUAGAAGCGGUCGAAGCACAACUAGAUGCAAUGAAACCUCCACCAGACUCCCCUGGCAUCGCUGAAACAGCUGAUGGCGAGGAAAAAGUUGAUGACGAGUUGUUGGACAAUGCCACUCAAGUCGCUUCGGAACCAAAGGAAAUGACCGAGGAGGAGAAGAUUGCAGCGGUGAAAAAAGCCCAAGAGGACGCAGCAACAUCAGAGGCAAUUGGCAAACUUCAACUCACACGCAAAUACUAUCUCGAGGCUCUCAGGUUCAUAGAAGUCGUCCAAGAAGCAUCUGAAACGGCUGUCCAAUUACUCUCCUCACCAAACAAGACCGAGGUCAUCGAGGUCAUGGACUUCUUCGUUACUAUCGACGCUUUCAAGGUGGAAACAGCCAGAAAAGGCAUCAGGCGCAUGCUACGACUCAUUUGGACCAAAAGCAACAACGACGAGGGUAAAGGUGUUCAGACCCAUCUCAUCGACAGCUACAAAGGUCUGUUCUUUGAUGCACCAGAGAUUUUCAAUCAGAAUGACGCUGCGAAUUUUGUGGCUCGAAAUAUGAUCAGUUUGACCUUUGGUUCGACACCAGCUGAGCUGACAUCACUGGAACAAUUACUUAGCACCAUGUUCAAAGCUGGUCAUAUUUCCGACCUGGUCAUCUCUAAAUUGUGGCAGGUUUAUGGAGUUAACAAAGAAAUCUCCAAAUCACAGAGGAGAGGAGCAAUCAUCGUUCUUGGGAUGAUUGCUCUCGCAAAUCCUGAAAUCCUAGUCAAAGAACUUGAUACGAUGCUGAGAGUCGGCUUGGGACAAUUGGGCAGGAAGGACUUUGUCCUUGCCAAAUUCACCUGUGUGGCUCUCCGUCGCAUGAUUCCCACUGCCAAAAAGGCUCAGCAAAAGACUGCCUCUGCCGGUCUUGCCAAAAUGUCCAACGAUCAUGAGGUUCUCCGAAUGCUCGCUUCAAUUCUACUCACCACGUCGCCGAGUAAAGACUGGUAUGGAAUGGCAGAACAGGCUAUCAGUGCGAUAUACAUUUUAUCCGAUCAUCCUGAUGUAUUGUGCUCAGAAGUGCUCAGGCAAAAAACCAGACUUGUCUUUCAAAAGACUAAAAACAUUCAAUCACUUUCAAGAGCUUCGUCACCUGAGCCCGAUGCUAUGGAUAUCGAUGAGGAUGAGGCUGUACCAAUCCCAGGAAGUGAUGAGGACGACCCCAAAUCACCACAAGAUGAACUCGAAAAGCCGAAUGAUAAGCCUUCAACCGCCCUGUCGCAAUUACUGUUCACGGUUGGUCACAUUGCCAUCAAACAGAUUGUGCACCUUGAACUCUGUGAGCUUGAUUUCAAACGACGAAAACAGGAUCAAGAGAAGAGCAAGUCCGAUGCCAAUCCAGCGCCAGAGAAAUCUGCGGGCCCUACACCCGCUCGUCGGAAGAAGACAGCUGCAGAAGAAGUCAUGGCUGAGAAGCAGAAAGAAGAAGAAAAGGACGAGCUCGAUCUGAUUGGUGGUACAACUGAAGACGACUUCACCGAAGCAAUUGUCCACAUUCGGGAACGUGAGCUUCUUUACGGACCCAAUUCACUGCUUGCAAACUUUGGGCCAUUGGUGACCGAGAUCUGUGCGAACAAUACAGCAUACAAGGACCGAAAACUUCAGGCGCAAGCUACACUCUGCCUGGCCAAGCUGAUGUGUGUCAGCAGUGAGUAUUGUGAAAAGAACCUCCCGCUUCUCAUCACUAUCCUCGAACGCUCUAGUGACCCUAUUGUACGAUCCAAUGCUGUAAUCGCAUUGGGAGACAUGGCAGUGUGCUUCAAUCAUCUAAUUGACGAAAACACCGAUUUCUUAUAUCGACGAUUGAACGAUGGCGAUGAAAGUGUCAAGCGUACCUGUCUCAUGACUCUGACAUUCCUGAUUCUGGCCGGACAAGUCAAGGUCAAAGGCCAAUUGGGCGAGAUGGCUAAAUGUCUCGAAGAUGGUGACAAGAAGAUUGCCGAUCUCGCUCGUAUGUUCUUCACAGAGCUUGCCACCAAGGACAAUGCAGUUUACAACCAGUUUGUGGACAUGUUCAGUGUUCUCACCCAGGAUGGUCCUCUGGAUGGAGGCGUCAUGGAAGAUGAGGCGGUGAAGAGGAUCCUCAAAUUCCUAUGUGGUUUUAUUGAAAAAGACAAACAUGCCAAGAAUCUUGCUGAGAAACUCUCUGCUCGACUUGGUCGCUGCGUCAACAAACGACAAUGGGACGAUACCGCGUACGCUUUGUCACUACUCCAACACAAGAACGACGACAUUACUCGCAUGAUAAGUGAGGGAUAUAAGAUGGUCGAGGUCGAGGCCUAA